AUGGACAAGAUGGAAAACUCCGAGAUGAAAGAAGUGACGCCCGAAGCGGAGGAGGACGAGGAGCGCGGGACGUGGGGGAACCAGUGCGAGUUCUUCCUGUCGUGCCUGGGCUACGCCGUCGGCUUCGGCAACGUGUGGAGGUUCCCUUACCUCUGCUACAAGAACGGCGGCGCGGCCUUCCUCAUUCCAUACGUGAUCAUGUUGCUGUGCGCCGGCCUCCCUCUGUUCUUCAUGGAGCUCGCCCUCGGACAGUACGUCAGCCUGGGACCCAAUAUUAUCUUUCCCAAACUGGCGCCCAUCUUUUAUGGCCUCGGGUGGGGCAUGGUGGUCGUCUCGGUGCUGGUGUCCAUCUACUACAACAUCAUCCUGGCGUGGGCGCUGUUCUACACCUUCGCCUCCUUCACCGACGCCUUGCCCUGGGCCAGCUGCGGCAACGCCUUCAACUCUCCCGAAUGCUUCCUUGAGGACCGAUGCAACGGCUCAACAUACUUCUACAACAACACGUGUUUGGAAGUCGAGCAAUACUGCAACAUUGCAAACCUAACCGCCUUUAAUGAAACCACCUGCAUGCAUCCCUUUGACGAGAACAUCACAACGCCAGCCAACGCCGCCGUGAACAGAAUCUCGGCCAGCCUGACCCUCGAGGGCGCAAGUCUGGGGAUCGAGUUCUACUUCCUGCAGCCGAACAUGUCUCGCCUGGCGGAGGUGGAGGUGUGGAGCGACGCCGCCACGCAGAUCUUCUACUCGCUCGGGUCGUCCUUCGGAGGCCUCAUCACCCUCGCCUCCUACAACAAGUUCAGGAAUAACUGCAUGAGCAUCCUGGGCUUCCUGGCGACGGAGCUCGGCGUGCAAGUGAAGGACGUGGCCUCCUCCGGCUCCGCCCUCGCCUUCAUCGCCUACCCGGCUGCCGUGGCGCGCAUGCCGGUAUCGCCGCUGUGGUCCAUCCUGUUCUUCGUCAUGUUGGUCACGCUCGACUCGACGCCAGGUCUUAAUCUGCCAACAAACAACACCUCUAUUUCUCCUCUGCAGUUCACGAUGGUUGAGACGGUGACCACGGCUAUAUUUGACCAGUUCGAGACCCUUCGAAGCAAGAAGCUCUUUGUCGUCGGAGGAACCUGCUUCCUGCUGUUCCUAAUGGGCCUCACGAUGUGUCUCGAAGGAGGCCUGACCCUCGAGGGCGCAAGUCUGGGGAUCGAGUUCUACUUCCUGCAGCCGAACAUGUCUCGCCUGGCGGAGGUGGAGGUGUGGAGCGACGCCGCCACGCAGAUCUUCUACUCGCUCGGGUCGUCCUUCGGAGGCCUCAUCACCCUCGCCUCCUACAACAAGUUCAGGAAUAACUGCAUGAGAGACGCCAUCGUGAUCGCCACUGCCAACUGCGCCACCUCCGUGUUCGCCGGCUUCGUCAUCUUCAGCAUCCUGGGCUUCCUGGCAACGGAGCUCGGCGUGCAAGUGAAGGACGUGGCCUCCUCCGGCUCCGCCCUCGCCUUCAUCGCCUACCCGGCUGCCGUGGCGCGCAUGCCGGUAUCGCCGCUGUGGUCCAUCCUGUUCUUCGUCAUGUUGGUCACGCUCGGACUCGACUCCCAGUUCACGAUGGUUGAGACGGUGACCACGGCUAUAUUUGACCAGUUCGAGACCCUUCGAAGCAAGAAGCUCUUUGUCGUCGGAGGAACCUGCUUCCUGCUGUUCCUAAUGGGCCUCACGAUGUGUCUCGAAGGAGGCGUGUACAUGUUCGAGCUCUUUUUCUUCUUCUCCUCCGGCACCUCCGUCAUCAUGUUGGCCUUCUUCGAGGUCGUGGCCAUCCAGUAUGUGUAUGGUGUCAAAAACUUCCUGAGGGACAUCCAGGAGGGAAUGGGCAUCCACAUCCCUCUCCCUCUCAAAGCUUACUGGACGGGCACCUGGUUUAUCAUCACUCCGCUUUCGCUCCUGGUUAUCUGCGUGUUCUCCCUCGUGUUCUUUGUGCCAGCGUACUGGGGGGAGUACGUGUUCCCUGGAGACAUCCAAGCCCUGGGGUGGCUCAUGUGCUUCAGUUCCGUCAUCUUCGUGCCCUUGGGAGCUCUCUAUGCCUUCCUGACGAAGGACAAGCGAGACUUUGGUUUGUUUGAGACCUCAGAGGACUUCUGCCCAGCCCACGUGAGGAAAAGGAGGGCUGUCAGUAAGACGAGCGGUCCUCCUCAGGCGAAGGAACUCGGUGGCAGCGGCGGCGUUCUUCCAGUCUACCAAAACAAAGCUUUUGCAGAUGGGGACGGAGAUGCGGUUGAGAGUUAG